AUGGAGAAAAUUUUUGGAGAAACCUCUUAUUCACAGAUCUCAGGUGAACGUAGUGGUGAGGAUGAUGGUGAACGUAGUGAUGAGGAUGAUGGUGAACGUAGUGGUGAGGAUGAUGGUGAACGUAGUGAUGAGGAUGAUGGUGAACGUAGUGAUGAGGAUGAUGGUGAACGUAGUGGUGAGGAUGAUGGUGAACGUAGUGGUGAGGAUGAUGGUGAAAGUAGUGGUGAGGAUGAUGGUGAACGUAGUGGUGAGGAUGAUGGUGAACGUAGUGGUGAGGAUGAUGGUGAAUGUAGUGGUGAGGAUAAUGAUGGUGAAUGUAGUGAUGAGGAUGAUGGUGAACGUAGUGGUGAGGAUGAUGGUGAACGUAGUGGUGAGGAUGAUGGUGAACGUAGUGGUGAGGAUGAUGGUGAACGUAGUGGUGAGGAUGAUGGUGAACGUAGUGGUGAGGAUGAUGGUGAACGUAGUGGUGAGGAUGAUGGUGAACGUAGUGGUGAGGAUGAUGGUGAACGUAGUGGUGAGGAUGAUGGUGAACGUAGUGGUGAGGAUGAUGGUGAACGUAGUGGUGAGGAUGAUGGUGAACGUAGUGGUGAGGAUGAUGGUGAACGUAGUGGUGAGGAUGAUGGUGAACGUAGUGGUGAGGAUGAUGGUGAACGUAGUGGUGAGGAGGGCACAACACACUGAUUUUUGUAGAAAACAAAAUGUUUUGCUUUUAUUUGACAAAAACAAAACCUUUUCU